CCCCACCCCACCCCCCCGCCGUGCGGGAGCCGCACAUGGAGGGCGCGGGAGCGUUCCUCCUAGGCGGUGCCCUCUUAGUGGCCGUUGCCAGCUCGCUCACGUUGCUCAACUACGCUCAGCGCGAGGUGAGCUGGUUCGCGUUCUCGACGUCCCUCCUUGGCUUCGUCCUCUCGUUCGGCAUCAUCGCCCUGGUCCCAUAUGACGUCUGGGAGGCUCUCGAGCUGGAAGAUCCUCAGGGCAAGCAGCUCUCCGCGAGCUGGGAGCUCAUCUACUGGGCCACUUUUCUGCUCUGCUGGGUGCUGUGUCCCCUCCUGAUCGAGUACGAGGCCGCGGGUGACUUCACCAUGGUGCGGAGGUUGCGCGCGUCUCUGCGGAAAAACGCGGCCUGGUGCGCCGGCUACGCUGUACUCAGCGUCCUGCUGCUUAUCUGGUUAUCUGUUGGCGGAGGGGCCCACGGCAGCCUGGGCGCUUGGUGCAUUGCUGCGUCCAACGCGUGGGGCCUCUUGGUGUCCACUGUGCUCAUGGGGUACGGACUGGUUGCGGUGCCCAGACACCUCUGGCGACUCGCCAGCCCCGUGGGCCAGCUGCCCGCGCUCUACUGCGUGGCGGUCACCAUGGACGAGGCGAGGCUGAGCGCCCAGUUCGAGCUCCAGGACAUGAUCGGCGAGGCCCGAGCAGAAGUUGCAUCUCGCAGCCUCCAGCUCUGGGACCCCUCGCUGGAGCGGGCGUUCGCGAUCCUGCAGGCUACUCUGGAGGAGCUGCUGGCCCAGGGAGCCCUGGAGGGAGGAGGGGGAGGACGAGGAGGAGGGCUGCGGAAGUGCAGGAUGUGCGCUGAGGGCGGAAGACGAGGAGCGAUGGGGGAGGGAGGACGAGGAGGGAGGGAACGAGGGAGGAGGAACGAGUGA